AUGGGCUCGACACCCGAGUCGACGGCCUUAUCUUCCGUUCGGUAUAUCGCCCAGUCCUAUAACCAUGCGGAUUCGCACGCCUCCGCGUUGAGGCUGGUUCUGACCUUAAACCCACAUUGGGAGGGCCCAGGCAACCAGAUCGAGUUCGUGCGGUUCACGGACGGGAUCACCAACACUCUCCUCAAAAUCAUCAAUCGCAAAUCGGGCUGGUCCGAGGAGCAGAUAGACAACGAUGCAGUACUGAUGAGAGCGUACGGUAACCAUACAGAGAUUAUCAUAGACCGCGAAAGAGAAACGAACUCCCAUGCGCUCCUGGCUCGCCACGGCCUAGCCCCGCCCCUGCUGGCCCGCUUCCAGAAUGGCCUCCUCUACCGCUUCAUCCGGGGCCGUCCGGCCACCCACGAUGACUUGGUGACCCCGCGGAUCUGGCGGCCGGUGGCCCGGAGGCUCGCGCAGUGGCACGCCGUGUUGCCCAUUAAGGGCAAGGCGGAGCCCUCCAUGUCUGCGGCGGCGAUGCCCAUCAUCCCCCAAGUAGACGCGCAGACCGACGCCCAGCCGCAUCUGCAGCCCAGGGAGCACGACUUCCCGUUGAUCAAGCCCCGCCAGCCCGGGCCCAACAUGUGGACGGUUCUCCAGAAGUGGAUCCUCGCCCUCCCGAGCGCCUCCGAGGACCAACGCCAGCGGCGACUCCGCCUGCAGGGGGAGCUGGAGCGGGUAGCGGGCGAGUUUGACGACGGAAAGGGAUUAGGUGAAGACGGGUUGGUGUUUGCCCAUUGCGACCUCCUCUGCGCCAACGUGAUCGCGCUGCCGUCGACGAACGACUCGGAAGACGCCACGGUCCAUUUCAUCGACUACGAAUACGCGACUCCCUCCCCGGCGGCAUUCGACAUCGCCAACCAUUUCGCCGAGUGGGGCGGAUACGACUGCGACUACGGCAUGAUGCCCACCCGGGCGGUGCGCCGGCAGUUCUUGACGGAAUAUAUCAAGAGCUACACUUCACACAAGGGGAUCUCCGAAUCGUCGCAGACGGACCUGGUCGACCGGCUGUACGAGGACGUGGAUCGAUUCCGGGGAAUUCCCGGACUCUACUGGGGUGUAUGGGGUCUGAUCCAAGCCCAGAUCUCCCAGAUCGACUUCGACUACGCCACCUACGCCGAGAACCGUCUCGGAGAAUACUACGCCUGGCGCCGUGAAACGGACGGUAGUCGAGCCCAGGCCGGGGAGGAGAUGCCGCUGCGCGAGCGGCGGUGGGCGCAAGAAGCUUAA